CAUCUAUAAAAGCCGAUGUCUCGGCCAGCUCGCAUCUCAGUUAGAGUCAAGAUGCCUUUUGGAACUAAACAUAUUAUUUUGCUUUAUAUAGUCCUGGCGCUGAAGUCUCAGGCAGCGCAUGCCAAUCCUGCCGAGGAACGUGCAGCAAGAACGAAAAACGAUGUGUAUGACUGGAUCUCAGGCAUAUUCGGGGACUACGACAGCGACGAGAGCGAUUCGAAGGAGUAUUUAAUCUGUCGAAACUGUACGGUAAUUGUGGGCCAGGCGAAUGCCACAGGUACAACAGCCGCUGCCGCAACGGUUGCACCCAUGCCAGCACCUCCCGCAGCUGUUGUACCUAUACCAGCUGCGGCUCCUACGCCAUCUGCCGCUCAAACUCCACCUCAAGGUGCAGCCCCGGCGCCAGCUCCAGCCCCGGCGCCAGCUCCAGCCCCGGCUCCAGCUCCAGCUACAGCUCCAGCUCCAGCCCCGCCUCCAGCUUCAGAUGCAACUCCAGCUCCAGCUGCAGCUCCAGAUGCAGCCGCAGCCCCAGCUCCAGCCUCAACUGAUGGUUAACUAACAUAAUUCUUCCUGUUUGCAACCUCGCUCUUUUCCACUGACGACUGAAAGGAGUUUCUAACUGAUUUAUGCACUUAUGAUUAAGAUUUCUCUAAAGGGAUUUGGUAUACGAAGCAAGUCUGCAACGUGCUGAAACACAUUUGCUUAGUGCUGUUUAAAGCAUCUUGGUAAACGGUUCAAACUUUUUCUAUUUACCAAAAAAGCCAAGCUACAGGUAUUUCUCUACGUUUUAUAAAAAAAAAGUUUUUCUUAAUUUAAAAAAUGUAUUCUAAAACUUUCUCAUAUUUUGGAAACAAAUUCCUAAAAUUUAAGUUUUUAACAAAUAUUUUCCUAAAAUUUCUUUGUUUUACAAAAAUGUUCUCAAAGAAAUUAAAAAUUUGCAAAAUUUAAAUUUUUAAACAAUA